AUGGAGAGCAGCACCACGUGCCGCGGAGCCCCUGAGAAGCUGGGCCUGUCCUUCUCCAUCGAGUCCAUCCUCCGGAGGCCCUCAGCGCAGCGUGAUGAGGCCCAGCCCCAGCCCGCACAGGAGCAGCCCCAGGAGAAGGUCAGACCCCCGCCAACAGUGGUCCAAAGGCCGCCACAGCGCCAGGGCCAGGAGGAGAGAAGGACCCGGCGCAGAGCCCGCACCACCUUCACCCCAGAGCAGCUGCAGGAGCUGGAGAAGAUCUUCCACCUCACCCACUACCCUGACAUCCACAUCCGCAACCAGCUGGCUGCCAGGAUCAACCUGCCAGAGGCCCGGGUACAGAUCUGGUUCCAGAAUCAGCGUGCCAAGUGGCGGAAGCGAGAGAAGAUGGGCGGCCUGGGCACCCUGCAGCAGCCAGGCAAGGCCGCCUCGGGCCUGCCACCAAACCUGGAUGUGGCUGGCCCUGCGCCGAUGGCCUCCACGCUGCACAGCCCGGCUGGCCCCCGCAGCAGCUCCCCGCCUACCCCUGCCUGGGUGCCCUCCAGGAUCGCCCUCCUGCUGCAGCACCCCUGGGAGCUGCCACUUCUGCCAGGCCCCAUCCAGCAGACCCAUGCGCCUGCCCUCUGUGUCCUGCCACCUCCGCCCCCCAGUGCCCUGAGAGGCAACUUUGUUCCAGCCGCUUUCCACGCAAAGCACUCAGACCAGCGAGUCUGGCUGCACGAGGGCCCCCUGUCCAGCACCAGAGCUCCCCUCUGUCCAGCACCGGAGCUCGUGUGGCAGCCACGUGCCAGACUGUGGCCCCACAAGAGCUACACGAGCUGCUGCAAGCAACUCCCAGGACAAGUGCACGCUCUGCUGUUUAUGCCACAACCCUUCUGGGGAUGCGUGUCUCGGGACGUGUCCCCAGAACAAGGCAACCAGGGGUUGCGUGUGGAUCCUGCGCACCAGAACGAGCACGGAGGAGGUGUAGUGAGACGCAGAGACACUGCAGGAGCAGCCUCCUGUGAAGCUCACCCGGCUGCUCAGAACGCGGGGCGACUGCGUGUGCCUUCGGGAGAGCAGCACGGGUGCACCCUGCGUGGGAACGGGCUUGCACCACAGUGCCAUCUCACUCUGACCCUAAAACCGCACUGCGCAGUGACCGCGGGCAGUCACUGUGACACACCCCUGAGGAAGGCAGCCGCGGGAGCACAGGGUUUGACGUGGGUGCCUGAGGCUCCCGUCCUCGGACCCCGGCUCCUGGCUUUGGGCCUCCACUCAGUGGCUCCCGGGGAGGCCGAGCCUCCAGGCCUGGUGGAACAAGGCUGCCACCACUGCUGCGUCCCGGGGAGCAAAGACCAGGCCCGUCCGCCCCUGCCAGCUGCUCCCCGCGCUCUUGUCCCGGCCACACCAGCCUCCCACCAUGCCAAGGUCACCGUGGAAAGGCCAGGGCCCGGGGACACUGGCUACAAGGGACCAUGGGGGUCCACCGGGCCCCCACACCAUGCCCGACGCAGAGCCGCCACUCUCGUCAUCAAUAAUGACAACAUCAUUGUUUCCAAGGCGGAGACAAGAGCGUCACAGAUGGCACGUGGACCCUGGCAAGGCUGGGCCAUCCCGCCGCACGUACUUGAGGGCGUCUUCGUCCCCUGGGCCCUGUCAGGGAGCAGCCCAUCAUGUCUGUCCCACCACAGCAUGGGCAGCGCCCAAGUGCGGCAGGCAGAGACCUUGACUCAUUUUCCUGCCUGCUUGCUGCCCGCGCUGAGGACCAAGGAAGCCCUCGGACACACGGAGCCACGACCGGGGAGAGAGCUCACCCUGUCAGCCACCAGGGUGGAGAACAGAGGACACUGGGAGCCUGCUGUGUUCUGGCAGCCAGCCACGCGCUCGAGUGGGCUUCGUCUGUCUCCAGAGCACCCAGCAGCCCGGCCCGCCCCCGGGGAGGAGGGCAGCUCUGGCUCUCCACACUCGGGCAGCCCCUGGCGCCUGCUGGCCUGGGCUACCGCGGCUCUGCCAAGAGCUGGCAGGGAUGACGGCCGGGUUCGGGUCCUGUGCCAGUACCCGCUCUGCCGGUACCAGCUCAGCCCUGACGGCUCCUCUGCUGAUCGUCCUGGAGUCUCUGCUGCCCGGCUGUGGAGGCAGAGUGGGCAAGCUGAGGCUGAAAAAGGAGUCGCUUCCCUGAGGGGCAUCAUCAUGCAAAGCUGUAGCACAGCAUCACUCGGGAACACUGACGGCCUGUGGCCUGGGAAGGACGAGCACCUUCCUCCCAGGGCCUCGCCAGCCGGAGGACUGGAGUUUCCCAGGGAACCCGCAGUCUUGAUCCUGGACAGCCGCCUCCCGCUCCCCGGCUUCCAGAGUCUGUCUAGCCUCCAUCUCACAUCCAGGGCUCUCCACUGUGCUGAGCAGGAACCCGUGUUUAUUCACCUCCCUGGAAGCAGAUGUCCUGCAUACACACUGCAGAUGAAACAGUUAGGAUCGGACCCUGGCAAGGAGGCGAGGCACAGCCAUACCCGUUGGGCCACACUGCCCCCACCUCCUGCCUUCAUCUGGGACCGUGCUCCGGCUCCACCUCCCGUGUCUGCAAGGCCCUCCGAGGCCGAGGCCAAAAUCUCGUCUUGGAGCAACAGCGCGAAGUCCUGUGGGGAGGCACAGCAGCCGGGCAGGGCCAGAGACCUCCCAAGGCCAAGCAGCGUGGAGCUGUGUCUAGGACCUGAAAUUGCUGCCACAGCUGCUGCCCGCCUGCAGGAAGGUGCUGCAAAGGACCUAGGACCUCCUCUGCGUAGAGUACCGCAGAGGACAGCCGGGGGCCACACAGCGCCCGAGACAGCCGCUGUGACCAGUGGGCUUGGCACAGAGCUGGAAGGCAGUGGGUGGCGCUGCGCCGUCGCCCGUCUGGUCGCGUGGCCUGGACACUGCUCCUGUCUGGGCACUGCCCUUCUUGACCCGGCACCUGCUGCCCCCCACCCAGGAGCCUCUCCACAGUCACCCUUGGCUCAGGCUCCGUCCCCCAGGGCUGGACAGGCCCCCAGGACCUGCCAGGCCCUCUCACCGGCAGAGGACGCGCUCAGUGCAAAUGCUUCAGACACCGCAGCCUCGGCCAGAGCUGCCCCCUGUGCCGACCGCAGCACAGCCCUCUCGGUGCCUCCGAGUGAGCGCUUCGUUAGGAGGCUCCAGCAGCUGGACCCACAGGACCGGAAUCUGGAGCGAGGGGAGACAGGGCCGGGACCUCAGCUCACCCUUGCGCUCUGGCCCUGUGUGCGCUGGAGCUGCAGGAGAGAGGCCUGGGGUGGGUGGUGA